AUGACGAGCUCAAUUGGCAACACAACUAAUAGUGGUGGCCACAACAACAACAAUGGUAGCAACUAUGGUAGUGGCAGUGGCGGUGGAAGUGGUGGUAACAGUGGCAACAACAAUAACAAUAACAAUAACAAUAGCCUAAAUAAUAGCAUUGGUAGCAACAGUAACAGCAACAGCAGUAGCAGUAGCAAUAGCAGUAGCAGCAAACAUCAACAACAACAACCACACACACAUAACUGGGUACGCAAACACUUCUCAAGACUACCCUACUGCUUUGUUUGCACCAGACUGAUAUGGGAUGUUGGCAAAGUAGGCUAUUGCUGUACACAUUGCUCAUUGUCAUCACAUAUCAAGUGCAUUGAUCCUACAUCACCUUUGAAAUCAUUGCAACCAUGUACCUUUACAAAGCAUGAUUGGGCCAAGGAGAAGCCUGAUCAUGCAAUGUCAUGCUCUGGCUGUGACAGACCAAUCAUUGCAUUCGAUGACCUAACAUGUCUACAUUGCCUAAAGUGUUCAUUAAGGUCACACAAACAUUGUAGGAGCAUGGCACCAAAGUGCGAAUCAAAGACGUUGUUCUCGAUUGUAAGAUCAUCAUUCAAUGAUAGUGGAAGUGGAAGUAGUAGUGGAAGUGGAAGUGGGAGUGGCAAUAGUAGUGGCAACUAUAGUAGUCUGUUGGACAACAUGGCCACGCCAACGAUCAGCAUCAAUCCACCUCCUUUGAAGCCACUCAAUGUGAUGUGUUCUCAAUCAAUGAAGAGUCCGACGCCUUCGCCAAACAAUGCUACGCCAGGUGGUCCCGGCUCCAACAACCCGGGCACGCCCACCCCAAUGGCGGCCAUGAGCUCGACGGCCACCUCAAUGUCUGGCGGCAACACACUAAACUUUGCCGGUGCGCUGGUCACCAGCAGCACAGGAUCAUCGCCCACCAACUCUGGAUCGUCGCCGACCAUCACACUGAUCCAGGGCCAGCAGCUUGGCCUCUCAAUGGGCAAGACACAGUCGCCGGCCAGUCUCUUGGCCGUGCCAGACACCGAGCCCACCACCACGACCGUGUCAGUGUCAUCGCGACCUUCCAGCGACUGCAUGGACCAGACGUACGUCAAGUCGUACCUCACCUACCAGCUGCUGGCCAUCGACAACUUCAACGAGCUGGAGCUGAUCAAUCUACGCGAGGUCUCCUCGACCAACCAGAUGCUGCUGUUCCUCGAGCGCGUCAAGUCCAUCUUUGCCAGCCUCGUGCCCAAGAUGAGCACCAGCGCCACGACCACCGAGGGCUACACACGAUUCAACAGCAUCGUGCACAUAUUCCACUUUGAGAUGCUGAGCUUUGGUCGCCUGCGCACCCAAGCCCAAAUGGAGCACUAUCGACUGGUGAUGGAGCAGUUCCUCCAGGUGUACGCGCGAUGUGUCAACUGGGAUGAGGAGGACAACGAGUCCACGCUGCGCCUGGCCCUCGACUUUUACAAUCAUCUUUUCACUCAUCGCACCGACCCUGAGAACGUGCUCAUCGGCAUGACUCCCAGCAAGGAUAUCCAAAUGCGCAUCAAGAAGUACUUUUAUCUAAGCAGCGGCGGAAACAGCGGCGGCAACAGUGGCGGCAACAGCGGUGGCAAUAGUGGCAACAGUGGCGGCAACAGUGGAAACAGUGGCGGCAACAAUAUUGGCAGUGGCGGAAACAACUCAAAGUCAUCAUCAAACAAACGUGCAUCCAACAACAACAAUGCCAAUAUGUUGUGGGAGUUGCGAGUGUCUCGCCAGGCACUUGUGGACAACAUAAUAUCAUGUGGCAAACUCGACGAUAAGGAGUUGUUGCGCACGAUAAAGGAGUUUGCGCAGCAUUUGGACAAGGAGAAGAUGUCGCCCAGCGACAUUGUCGUGGUCAAGCUGCCCAAGAACUGGACGAUGGGUCGCAUGGUCGAUCCCGUGCACCACGAGUUUGACGAAGGUUCGUUCGUGUACGCGCGAUACAUGGGCGAGGCCGACCACCUGGGCAUGGACUGUUACGUGCACAUCCAUCCCGACCAGACCGUGGGCCGCGUACGCAUACCCUACAGCCGCGUUGUCUCGCUCUCGCUUAUCGACAUGGCACUACCUCAGCCGCUCUCGGGCAAUGAGAAGAAGAUUGAGCGCUACGUCACCAACCCAUUCGACGCGUUCCACACCGAGCUCAACAACGCCGUCAAGGAAGUGACGCGCAAGCAUCUGGCGUCGUUCGAGGCGGGUGACACACCCCUGCCAGUGUACAACAGCGCCAAGAUCAUACAGAUGGACAAGUUGCUGAAGCUCAAGUCAAAGAUCCUGUCGCUGCGCGACAACAAACAGUUCCAGCGCGACAUUGACGAGAUGUCGCACAUGUUCACAGUCUUCUUUGUGCGCUACCUCAAGACUGUCUACAUGAACGAGCUCAAAGGACAGUUCAAGACCUUCAUCAACUGCCACUGUGGCAGCAGUACGUGCCCCACGCCAGACAUGGCCGCGGCCAAUGCCCCGAUGUCGGGUGGCGAGUGCAGCCCGCCCAUCGACAUCAAUGUGGACGCUCCAAGACACUUGGUCGAAGAGUUCAAUCGAAUGAAUAUGAAUAGCCGCGCGUCAAUGUCGGGAGGGCAGACCGCCGGCGCCGCGACGCCUCAGACACCCGAACAAUACUUCCAGGCGACGCCGAUCAAACAGGCACAAGCGACCUAUGCCAAGGUGCAUAAGCAGUUCACAAAGUUCAAGCCAUACAUGCCGUCGCUAUUCCAGCUGAUACAGGACUUGGAGGCAGGACGCGUCCCAUGUCUGAGUGCGCGCGAUGCCCUGCUGACACUGUGCGAGGAGAUCGACCUACAUAUCUCGACACUCAACGCCACAAACAAUAUGAUACUGGGCGGACACAAGAAGACCGAGUUGGUCAAUUGGUGGACAGCGUUGGUCAACUCCGCGGUGGACCAUCACCUGGUCGGCAAAGGCUACACUCCCGUGUUGGCCGCGUCGUCACUUGGCAACUCAAAGGAGGGUGCGCCGUCCAUGUCCACCAUGUCAAUCCUUCGCGAGAACUUGAUGAUUGUCAACUCCAUGCUGGAACCAAACACGAUGGACAAGGCCAUUGAUACGGCCAACCUAAUCAAUGGGCUGCGGAAGAAGGUCUACGACCGAGUGGACGAGUAUCUAGUAAUGGCGCGAUUCAUAUUGUUGGACUAUCUGAAACGCAACGAACAUAUAUUUAAGGAUCAGUUGUCGAUUGAAUGCUACACGGACAAGUAUGACGAUGCACACUUGGACAAGAUAUUGGAUGUCUUGGACGGGCGAUCGUCCGUGGCAAUGAUGACGAACUUGGUCAGAGACAUGGUGCACUUUCGAGACAUGCGCCUAAAGGAGGAGGAGUUGUAUUAUACAUUGAGGUCUGCCGAUGCCACCACUACUCACGUGUCAGCAAUGCUUGACAACACGUCGGUCACAGGACUUGUUGUAUCCAAGCUUUACAAGGCAAGACUAGAGAUCAAGACAGUGCUGGAAGUGCACGAUCCACAAGUACACGCAUAUCAUUAUGGCACUUAG